AGAAGAGAUAUAUUGUAUUGUGUACAUAAAAACCCUGCACCAGAGCAACCACAAGGCGAGACACGAAAAACCAAAAAGUAUCGUCGAAUCUUGCAAGGUCUCAAAGCCCAGGAUCCUGCUGCUGUUCAAGCUGAGCAAGCCCUUUAUCAACAGCCAAGCAGCACCAUGUUCGUAGAAGACCUUGGCCGCUUCCUUCAAGCUAUAUCUGAACAUUCUGCCGUUCUCAGUCGAUUCUAUGGACAUACCAUCACAAGCCAUGACAAUGGAUACCCUUUCUUUCGCAAGAUCCGUCUUUCAGCGUACUUCAACAAACAACGUGCCGAUCGAAAGCUUAUCCAAGACUUACGCGCCAAGUUUGGAGAAGACGCCGUGUUUAUGAUGGGAAACUGGUCCGCUCCCCAUGGUAGGUACCAUGAGCCUAUCUGUGAUCUUGGUUUCGGAAGGCUCUUCAAGAAACAUGAUAGGUGCUGUCCAACAUGCCACAACGAAAGUCUCCACACGUUCCGUCGUAUUCCAUAUCCACGACCGUAUCAACGUGAGCGAUAUCCUACGGUUGUCUGCCAUGGUCUUUUAAAAUGCACCGAUCUAUACUGUAGGCCCGCCAUGGCAGCUCCAGAUAGAUAUCGCUUAUGGAACAGGGAUGUUGCUGCUUAUCUCAUCUACUUGCGCAUCCUUCGUGGGCUUCGACAUGGCAUGGUUCCUCAUAGGUUUCGUCGGGUUGCUGUUGCUCCUACAAGGCAUAGAAGAAGGGUGGACGAUCAGGAGCAACCAAAAGUUAGAGCACGCUUAGACGAUGAUUCUCCGUCCUAG